AUGACGAGGCCCUCCUCAGGCCCCUCACCUCUCUCUCUCCUCAGCUUCCUCCUCUUCUCUCUCCUCGCCCCAACCCUCAUUGCCUCCAGACCAUUGCAGCAAAACCCUGAAUUGGUUGUACAAGACGUACAAAGGAGUAUCAAUGACUCUGUUUCUAGGAGGAACUUGGGCUACUUGUCAUGUGGGACUGGAAACCCCAUUGAUGAUUGCUGGCGAUGUGACCCAAAUUGGGAGCAGAACAGGCAGAGGCUGGCAGAUUGCGCAAUUGGGUUUGGGAAAAAUGCCGUUGGUGGAAGAGAUGGCAAGAUUUACGUGGUCACGGAUUCAGGGGAUAGCGACCCUGUAAACCCAAAGCCAGGGACUCUACGACAUGCCGUUAUUCAGGACGAGCCACUGUGGAUCAUCUUCCAGCGUGACAUGACAAUCCAACUGAAGGAAGAGCUGAUCAUGAACUCUUUCAAGACCAUUGACGGUCGAGGAGCCAGCGUGCACAUUGCUGGUGGGCCAUGCAUCACCAUCCAAUUUGUGACCAACAUUAUCAUUCAUGGUCUGCACAUACACGAUUGCAAGCAGGGAGGGAAUGCUAUGGUGCGGUCCUCCCCAGAGCACUACGGGUGGAGGACUAUAUCCGACGGUGACGGCGUGUCCAUCUUCGGUGGGAGCCACGUGUGGGUGGAUCAUUGCUCUUUGUCAAAUUGCAAAGAUGGGUUGGUUGAUGCAAUUCAUGGGUCCACUGCCAUAACAAUUUCGAACAAUUACAUGACUCACCAUGACAAAGUGAUGUUGCUUGGGCAUAGCGAUUCUUAUACCGAAGAUAAGAACAUGCAAGUCACCAUAGCCUUCAAUCACUUUGGAGAAGGGUUGGUCCAGCGAAUGCCAAGAUGUAGGCAUGGAUAUUUCCAUGUGGUGAACAAUGACUACACCCAUUGGGAGAUGUAUGCCAUUGGAGGCAGUGCCAACCCUACAAUCAAUAGCCAAGGGAAUAGAUUUGCUGCACCAGAUAUCAGAUUUAGCAAAGAGGUGACAAAACAUGAGGAUGCACCAGAAAGUGAGUGGAGGAAUUGGAAUUGGAGGUCUGAAGGAGACUUGAUGAUAAAUGGUGCAUUUUUUACAGCAUCAGGAGCUGGAGCUUCCUCAAGCUAUGCAAGGGCUUCAAGCUUGGGGGCAAAGCCAUCUUCUCUAGUGGGUUCAAUAACCACAGCUUCUGGUGCACUUAGCUGCAGAAAGGGUUCUCGUUGCUGA